UCGGGUCAGACCCCAAUGGACGCCACGUUGAAAACGCACACGGAAAUCUGCCGUCAGCGAGUCCACGGUGAAAAGCGAAUGCGCGCCAGUACGGCCCUUGCACAAAUUCCCACUGGCAGACGGGCCAGAACAGCGAAUGCGCGCUCUGGCCGCUCACUGUCAGUGAGAGCGGUGGGAUCACAGAGAAACCGAGCCCCGUUCCCCACGUCCUCCCGUGCGCCCAGGGAAAGAAAGACCAGCGCGGCAGCGCAGAUUCCAUCGACGCCCCGCUGUCCCGGCCGCUUGUCUGUUGUUUAUACUUCCGUCAGCCCCACCGCAACCGGCGCCUCCGCGGCUCCGCCCACCCAGCUGCUGCUUCCGGAGAGCUCGCGUCGCGCGUGCGUGGGUGCCGUGCGUGCUGGCGGCGAAGCAGCACCGCACCGGCACCACCCUUCCCCCCCCACGCGUUGCGCGCGCGUCUCCUCGAUGGCCGACGGCGAGCCUUCCCUCACCCGCUGGACCUUCGAGGAUUUCGUGGUGUACUACGAGACGCGCCUCGGCAUCCGGCGCGAGGCCAACGGCGAUGAUGGCGACGAGGGCCCAACGCCGCGCGGAUCCGAUCAUGCGGCCGGCCACCGCCCCGCCGCUGCCCGCGCCAACGGCGGCGGCGCGGACCUCGCCGUCUUCGAGCAGUUCGAGCGGAUGGAGAGGAAGGUGGAGAUACGCAAUGGGGCUAUAGAGGAUGGUCCACCGCAGAAACCUCUACUUCCUUCAUUUGAAUCUGCAGAAAUGCGCAACUUAGCUGAGACAUUGUUGAGGGAUAUAAUUCGUGGGAGUCCAGAUGUUAAAUGGGAAAGCAUAAAAGGUCUGGAGAAUGCAAAGCGUCUUCUCAAAGAAGCAGUUGUCAUGCCCAUUAAAUAUCCCAAAUACUUCACUGGUCUGUUAUCACCUUGGAAAGGCAUAUUACUAUUUGGUCCACCUGGAACAGGAAAGACAAUGCUAGCCAAAGCUGUUGCUACCGAGUGCAAAACAACCUUUUUCAAUAUUUCUGCCUCAUCGAUUGUGAGCAAGUGGCGUGGUGACUCGGAGAAACUAGUGAAAGUAUUAUUCGAGCUUGCAAGGCAUCAUGCACCAUCUACCAUUUUCCUUGAUGAGAUUGAUGCUAUCAUUAGUCAACGUGGUGAAGCUCGUAGCGAACAUGAAGCUAGCCGGCGAUUGAAAACGGAGCUAUUAAUACAGAUGGAUGGGUUGACUAAGACAGAUGAGCUUGUUUUUGUUCUAGCAGCAACAAAUUUACCAUGGGAGUUGGAUGCAGCAAUGCUGCGUCGGCUGGAGAAGCGUAUUCUUGUUCCAUUGCCAGAGCCAGAUGCUAGACAAGCUAUGUUUGAAGAGCUCCUGCCAUCUACACCUGGCAAAAUGGAGAUUCCCUAUAAUGUUCUUGUGGAGAAAACUGAAGGAUAUUCUGGCUCUGAUAUUCGCCUUGUAUGCAAGGAAGCAGCAAUGCAGCCCCUAAGACGGUUAAUGACAGUUCUUGAGCGCAGGCAAGAAGAGGUCCCUGAGGAUGAGUUGCCUGAAGUUGGCCCAGUAACUACAGAAGAUAUUGAACUUGCUUUGAGGAAUACAAGACCGUCUGCUCAUCUUCAUGCACAUAGAUACGAAAAGUUUAACCAAGAUUAUGGCAGUCAUGUCCAUGGCUAAAGGGUAGAAGCUUGCUGUAAAAGGUUUAAUUUGUAUGCUCAUGCUUGGGCCAAUAGAUCAAUACUGAAUUCAUCAACGUGCUGAGGUAUCCUUGUAAACACUAUGCUUAUCCUUGGAUGCUGUACAUUAUCAUUCAUUUGAUGAGUAAUAAGCUCUUUGGUAACUCAGUCUCACCUGGAUAAGGAGAAACCAGGAUUUUCCCUACAUUUGGCUUGAUUUAUCUAUUCCUCUGAUGUCUCUCUUAUGCUUUGUUAUCCAGCUUUUUAGUUUCUUCCAGUGAACAGCGUGAACCUCUGUGUACUUAGAAGAGUCAAUCCAAUUUGUCUUUGCAACAUUGAUGUAUGUUUAGUAACACUAUCAGAAACCCAGAAUAUUGAGGUCA